AUGGUCAACAAGGCUGAGCUCUUCCCCCUAAGCCACAUGCAAGUUCUGGUGGAAGAUUACAGAGAUGGGUUGAAAGAACAGAAAGGAAACAGCUUCCACAGUUUGGAGUCAACUCUCCGGCGGCGGCGGCAGCAGACGCCAGAGACGCAGCAGCCGGAGCCGCAGCCUCAGCGCCUCUAUCCCGGGCCGCCGCUCCGCCACCGUCCGGCCUCCUCCAGCCGGAGCGCACAUCGGGCUCCCGCCACGCGGCCGCCUUCCCGCCCGCCCCGUCACCUCUUGGCUCCUCUGGCAGCCGCUUCCUUGGGCACUGACAGCCGCGCGGCCGGGGCGCUCCUGGCGCGGGCCCGCACCCUGCACCUACAGACUGGGGACCUGCUGAACUGGGGCCGCCUGCGGAAGAAGUGCCCUUCCACGCACAGCGAGGAGACUGAUCACCAGUUACUUCGAGAUUGUAUCCAAAAGACCUUGAAUGAGUGGAGUUCCCAAAUCAGCCCAGAUUUGGUCAGGGAGUUUCCAGAUGUCUUGGAGUGUACUGUAUCUCAUGCAGUAGAAAAGAUAAAUCCUGGUGAAAGAGAAGAAAUGAAAGUUUCUGCAAAACUGUUCAUUGUAGGAUCAAAUUCUUCAUCAUCAACUAGGAAUGCAAUUGACAUGGCCUGUUCAGUCCUUGGAGUUGCACAACUGGAUUCUGUGAUCAUUGCGUCACCUCCUAUUGAAGAUGGAGUUAAUCUUUCCUUGGAGCAUUUACAGCCUUAUUGGGAGGAAUUAGAAAACUUAGUUCAAAGCAAGAAGAUUGUUGCUAUAGGUACCUCAGAUCUAGAUAAAACACAGUUGGAGCAGCUCUAUCAGUGGGCACAGGUAAAACCAAAUAGUAACCAAGAAAAUCUUGCUUCUUGCUGCGUGAUGCCACCUGAUAUAACUGCAUUUGCUAAACAGUUUGACAUACAGUUAUUGACUCAUAAUGAUCCAAAAGAACUGCUCUCUGAAGCAAGUUUCCAAGAAGCUCUUCAGGAAAGCAUUCCUGACAUUCAAGCACAUGAGUGGGUACCACUGUGGCUGCUGCGAUACUCUGUCAUUGUGAAAAGUAGGGGAAUUAUUAAGUCCAAAGGCUACAUUUUGCAAGCCAAAAGAAGGGGUUCUUAACUACAACUUAUGGUCAUUAUUUACCUGUGUUUUCCUUGAAUAUACGAUAAAAUUGAGAUGUAUAAAAAUCAAUCUGUUGCCUAUAAAUAGUGUCAUUUAGGCACAUAUUCUUUAGCUGUAUUUGACAGAAUGUUGUCUAUCAACUUUUGAUUACUUCUCUUGCCUCCAUCAGUCAAGUCACAUGAACCACUGUAUUGUUUUCAUUAAACUAUUAUUUUCUAAUUGAAAUUGUCUAGAAAGAAAAUACUUGCAAUAUAUUUUCCUUUAUUUUUAUGAGUAAUAAAAAUCAAGAAAAUUUGUUGUUAGAUAUAUUUUGGCCUAGACAUCAGGAUAAUGUAUAUACAUAUUUUUUAUUUCCCCCCAAAAUCAUUAAUUGCCUAUUACUCUAUAAUAUAACUAAGCAGUUUUAUUAUAAUUGUUAAAAUGAAAAUACUGGAAGAUAUUUUUUUCCUGUCAUUAGUAAACUAAUUAUAUGUCAGAUUAAUUGGAGCAGUUGGGAUUUACCAGUUGGGAUUUACCAGCAGUUGGGAUUUACCAUUGAAAAUGGAAGGAAAAAAGAACAACAUUGUUGAUAAAUUUAAAAUGAUAAAAAUUCAUUCUUCAGUAUAUGAAUGGAAACUUAAAAUAAAUUUUAUGUAUUCUUGCUUGUAGUUUAGCUGUGAGAUUUAACCGUAUAUUCUUGUGCCAUAUUUUCUCUUCCUAUUAUUUAAAAGGGCAAACUAAAGUAAACCUGAAAAGGAAACUAGAAACUUUGAAAAUAUUGUUUGGGAGCUUUGUAAAAGCAUUCACUAUCUCCAGAUUCUUUGUAAUUCUUAAUCCAUCCUUGGCAUAUUGCUCUUCAUUCAAGAAUAUUUAUUAAGUAUUACACUUACCACAUGCUGGGCCCUACAGGCUCUGGAGAGUGGAAGGGUGCACAGAGAGCUAAGGAUUAAGAUUCAGUUGAAUAAAAUAUGUGAUAUGUAUUCCCCAUUAGUAAUGGACUAGGAGGGACUAAAGCCAGAAAAUGCUUUUUAAAAAUUCUUUAAUUCAGGUCCAAUACUGUCUGUUCAAACAACUUGGUUUGAGAUGUGGAUCUUAACUAUUUUAUUUUAUGAUAUUUUGGUGUUGAGAAUUGAACCCAGAGCCUUACAUGCUGAGCACAUGAUCUACCACUGAGUCACUCUCCCAGCCUAGUCUUAAUUAAUUUAAAGCAGAACAAUAUAAUCAAGAUUAUAUGGUAAUUUAGUGUAAUUCCUCAUGAGUUUAAGAAUCAGAAAAAUUACAAAUUAAAUAAGCUGUUACCUUUGAUAUAUACUAUAGCUCUCCUUAAUUCCAUAUACUUAUAUCAGUAAACCAAAUAGUUUGAAAAAUUCUUUAAAAUUUUCUACAUCUCAAAUUUUUUUAACUUAGGGAAAAGAAGUAUGGUUCCAUGUUCAACAAUAGAAUCUUUUCCUAAGUAAGGUUUUGUGGUCUUCUGGUUAGAAAAAUUAAUCAUUAGAAUCAUAACAUGAAAUCAACUGAUUUACUUGCUAAAACUUGUUUAGACUUUGAAUUUCUUAAAGACUUUUAGCUUUUAUAUUAAUUGUAUAAUAUUAUUAGUAUACAGUUAACUUCUUAAUUUGAAAAUGUACAUUUUUCGUAUACUGUAAAUCUUUAAGUGGUCAUUUCAAAUUUGUGAAGUAAGCUGGCUGAGGUAUUUUAAAGGGGAACUUGAAUAUCACACAUUUAUCAUUUUUUAAAACCCAUAACUUAUAAAAAUGGAUUGUGUAAAGGGUUAUUUUGAAAAUGGAGGGAAAAAAGAACAACAUUGUUGAUAAUAUCCAAGCUUUAUCAGGAGCUUUUUUCUUAUCUUUUUUCUUACCUACGCCCCAAGAAGCAAGAUUAUAGAUUCAUUUUGUGAAGGGGAUCAUGUAUGGAAUUUUUUAAUGAGUUUUUUGUUUCACUCUGUACUCUGAAUUUCUGUUGCUGAAUAACCUUAAAACAAACAAACAACAACAACAACAACAAAAGAAACCCUGAGCUAUAUCCCACCCCUUUUUAUUUUUUGAGACAGGGUCUCGAUAAGUUGAUGAGGCUGGCCUCAAACUUAAAAUCCUCCUUCCUCAGCUUCCCAAAUCCCUGAGAAUACAGGCACAUGCCACUGUGCCCAGCAAGGACUUACUCUUUUAAAAGCUAUAAAAUGAAAAGUGGUGAUACUACCAAAUAACUGCUUAAAACCGAAAGCUAAGUUAGGAAUAGUGUACAUAACAGUUAUGUUUUCAGGGGAGAUGUGAAUCGUGUGACCCCAAGGUAGAGUUUAUAUGUUUUUUUUCCCAGUAAGUACAAAAGAAACUGUAGCUUGUUAUUACAUUUCCAAACUACUCUGGAGCCUUGAAUUAACAUAAUGUACUGUAACUUGGAAUUUGCUCCAUGAUACUGCAUUAAAUUCCCAUACAAGAAAUCAUAAACACCAGAAGGACCUAAGUGUCUUAUAAAAUCUGUUUAUGUGGUAUAAAUUCUGAAAACCACAUUGUGCUAGUACAUUAAUAGAGUAUUCAUUUACGGAUGGAUGGUCAGUGCUAAAACUUGAAUCAUAAAUAAUAGCUAAUAAUUUUUCAGUUCUCAAAAAUGACUUAGACAACUGUGUGUAAAAAGGAAAAUAAAAAGUUAUUAUCUACUUUGCAUGAAUGAUUCAAACUUUUCUAUACAGAACUAAUUAGUCGUACUUAAGGGUAUCAGUUUUCAGUAAUAAUAGGUCUAAGACCCAUUUUUUCUUUCUAUAACAUUUUCUUUCUAGGUUUUCCACCCAGUAUCUUCAAUCUUCGGGAUGUAAGCACCUGAUAUAUGUAUUGUAUAUUGGCCAACAAUUCAUCUUGCUGCCAAACGUGCAUUUUGAGAAAUGUGCAGCUAUUUUAAUAAUUUAAACCAUUUGUGUUCUUUGUGUAUGCAUACUCAAAUACAUCAACUUAUGAUUCUGAA